UACAUUUUUUACCAUUAAGAAUCAAAUCUUACCUUUAAGUUCUUCAUCCUCCAUCCAUGGCACUCUCUAGCACCUUUUGCAACUUCAACAUUACUCACACCAUCAAACACAACAUUACUACUUCAUGUUUUCCUCAUAAACAAAAAGAUGUCAAAACUCCCCAAAUCAAACGAAGAGAGCUCAUACUAAGGAGUGGAGAGUUAGCAACCAUUGCUGCAUUCUUCAACUUGAGUGGUAAAAAACCAGAAUAUCUUGGAGUACAAAAUAAUCCACCAUCACUGGCUCUGUGUCCAUUAACUAAGAACUGCAUAUCAACAUCUGAAGAUGCUACUAAUCUUGAUCAUUAUGCUCCUCCUUGGAAGUAUAAUUCCGAAGGUAGAGAAGAUGGUAUAACCAGAGAAGAAGCAAUAGAGGAACUGAUAGAUGCGAUAGAAACAACAAUACCACCAGAAAAUUUUACACCGAGGAUAGUUGACAGGACAGAAGAUUAUCUUAGAGUGGAAUACAAAAGUCCAAUCUUGGGGUUAGUGGAUGAUGUGGAGUUCUGGUUUCCACAAGACAAGGACUCAAUUGUUGAGUAUCGAUCAGCAUCAAGGGUGGGAAUUUUUGAUUUUGAUACCAAUAGAAGAAGAAUUAAGGCGUUGCGACUAGAGUUGGAAAAUAGAGGAUGGACAUCUCUAGACUCAAUGGCUACAUGAAAUUGUUUCACAUUAUUUGCUUCCCCAGAUUCAAGAUGAGGAUCUUCUUUUAAUUAUAAUCAUGAUUGUGCAACUUAUUUGAUUAAGUUCUUGGGGUGGAAUUUCUUUUAUCAUGAAUUUGAAAUAAAUAAAAUUAAACCAUAUUUUAUGACGA